AUGACCUCAAACUCUGAACUGUGUAAAAAAGUCAUCAAAUUCAUUUCGAAUAGAAUCGGAGCCUAUUCACAGCCAGAAAACUUAGUAAAAUGGUGUGAACUAGCUAAAAAGACAAUCAAUUAUGAUAAAAGUCCGCUGGCUUUCAGUUCGAUAAUAACCAGAACAUUGGACAAAAUCGAAGAUCUCAAAGGGUAUUCGUUGAUGGAAAAGGUCAGACUCGUCUUCAUUUUCAGCAGGCGAGUGAGUGCUGUAUUCGUCAAAGAACUGGAAGAUAAGAAAUGUGUUGUGGAGUUGAACGAUAACAGAAAGAUUACGUACUUUCGUUCUCCGGAUGGACUUGUCUUCACAUCUGAACACAUAAAGCAGCGAAAGCUUUUCAAAGGAAAACGGGAUUAUGAUAAACCGGCAGGGAACCACGAUUUAAAUGUUCAAAAACCAGAUGCUCAAGCCGGUAUUCAGGGUAAUAAUCCAGCACAGAAUUCCAUUCAAAACUUGAAAUCAGAAGAAGGCGUGGAUCUAAUAAAUGGAAGCAUAGCUCAUGAUAACAAUGAAGCACAGAAUUUUGGUCAGAAUACCCGAAAUCGAGUGAAAAUCGAAGAUUUUGUGGAAGAGAUUCAGCAAGCUCCAGAAGUAAUUAUUCUGGACGAAGAAGCGGAAAUGCGACCUCUGGUAUUUGAAAAAAUCAGUCUUCGGAAACUGGCAGAGCAAAUUGAGACGCUCGCUUUCAAUAUUAAUUUGGAGGACUCUUUCCAAGAGAAAGCGUUGAGAGCUGUACGUUUGUUCAAGGCUAAUGAUCAGUUAAUUCCGAUUCAAGACUUCAACCAAUUGUUCAACAUCGUUCUGAAGAACUUGAAGAGUGGACGACUUCAAAAUCCAACUGGAACUUCAAUAAAAUUGUGUCGAUUAUUCGAGCAUCUCGCAAGAUCUUUGAUUCGACCUUUGGGAGAAUUUCUUAUGGCUGAUACACUGAAAUUUCUCGAAGAAGAGAUUGAGAAGCUUAAAGGAAGCGAAGAAAAGAUUCCAUUGAAAACAGUUCAAGGCAAACUCGACGGACUGAUGCUCGUAAUCACCAACACCUGGGUCAAUUUGGAUGAAUAA